UUAGGGUUUCGUUGGUUGCAUCUAGAUCAAAGAUGAUUAAAGGAGAUAAAAUUCCUCUUGAUUAAAAUUGAAUAUAAGUGGAUUUAAUCUCCCUCAAUUGGCCUUAUUGAGUUACCACGCCUUGGCAUAUAAAUAUAUUAGUUGUCACCGCCCUACAAAGCACUUGCAUACUGAUGAGUGACAUUAAGACACAGUAUAUAUGUAAAGGAGUGAUCGUGCUUUAGAGCAUAGACACAGCAAUCCACUCUGCUAACUCCUUUCGUCUCCGUACCAUGGCGGCUAUCGCUGAAGAUCGUCAACCGCAGCAUGGCGUCAACAGAGAAGCUGCGACGAAGGCGGUACACACGCAGUUACAGAUGGAGCGUAGCGACGAAGGUGACAGCAGGAGUCAAGAGGAGGGCUCGUACUGCUACUGCCUGGUUAAAAGCGUGAGUCACCUGAGCCGCAAUAACCGUGGCUUUACCACGCUGCCAGAGAGGUACGUCCUGCCGCCGUCCGACCGCCCCGACGACGACGGGCUCGGCAGGGUGAAGCUCCCCGUCGUCGACCUGGCGCGCCUGCGCGAUCCCGCCUACCGUGCUUCCGAGCUGGACACGCUCGACGCCGCGUGCCGCAGCUCUGGAUUCUUCCAGGCCAGUACACUGCACGCACAGGCCUGUCAUCUUCUUGGGAGAGUUUGCAUCCAUACAGAUCGACCUAAAAUUAAAGCGCAUGCAUGCAUCUGUAUGUAUGUACGUGUACAGGUGGUGAACCAUGGGGUGGCGCCUGAGCUGGUCGAGGGGUUGCUGGACGUGGCGCGGCGGUUCUUCGAGCUUCCGCUAGUGGGGCGGGCACGGUACAUGUCGCCGGAUGUUCGAGCGCCGGUGAGGUACGGCACCAGCUUCAACCAGGCGAAGGAUGCCGUGCUCUUCUGGCGUGACUUCCUCAAGUUAGCCUGCCAGCCGCUACACGCCGUCGUCGCCUCGUGGCCUGACGAACCUGCUGAUCUCAGGGAAGUGGCAGCCAGGUACGCCAUGGCGAACCAACAGUUGUUCAUGCAGCUCAUGGGGGCAGCACUGGAGGCUCUGGGCAUCCCCUGCCACCGAAGCCAGGGUCUGCUACGGGAGCUGGAGGCGGGGUACUCGCAGAUCAUGCUCAACUGCUACCCGGCGUGCCCGCAGCCAGACCUCACGCUGGGGCUGCCGCCGCACUCUGACUACUGUCUCUUCACGCUCCUGCUGCAGGACCAAGUCAAGGGUCUCCAGGUCCUGCGCCGUGGCCACUGGUUCACCGUCGAUGCCGCCCCUGGGUCCAUCAUCGCCAACGUCGGCGACCAUCUUGAGAUCUACAGCAACGGGCUGUACAAGAGCAUGUUGCACCGCGUGCGGGUGAACUCGACGCAGACGCGCAUCUCGGUGGCCUCCUUCCACAGCGUGCCUGCGGAGCGGGUGAUCGGGCCGGCGGCGGAGCUGGUCGACGAGGCAAACCCACGGCGCUACAUGGAUACCGACUAUGCCACCUUCCUCAACUUCCUCGCAUCCGCCGAGGGGAAGCAUAAGACCUUCCUCCAGUCAAGGAAGCUGCCAAUGCUAAGCUAGCUACUAGGCUUGCGUUGGGUGUUAACUAAUUAAAACCCCAGCAUGCAGAGCUCACAAACUUCGCUUAAAUUAAUCACCCAAUGUGGUAUGUAUAUUAUUCACUACUAGGUAAUUAAGCUGCUGUGAGCCGAGUAAUCAUCAUCAAACUUGGUUAACA